GUAGAUAUAUACAUUUACGAAUGAACAGAAGGCUCACACAAAUUGGAUCACAUCUGUUAACAAAAAUGGCUCGCAAAACUGACAUUCACCUCUACACGGCUCAGACGCCAAAUGGCAUCAAGGUCACGAUGUUGCUCGAGGAGCUCGGCCUGGAAUACAAGGUCACGGCCAUCGAGCUCGGCAAAAACACUCAGAAGGAGCCAUGGUUUCUCGACAUCAACCCUAACGGGCGGAUUCCAGCCAUGACAGACACCUUUACUGACGGUAGUACGAUCCGUCUAUUUGAGAGCGGCUCCAUCAUGCAGUAUCUUGUCGACCGCUAUGAUACAGGCCACAAGGUGUCGUAUCCUCAGGGAUCACGAGAGUACUAUGAGACGAAUAACUGGCUGUUUUGGCAGAUGGGCGGCCUUGGGCCAAUGCAAGGCCAAGCCAAUCACUUUGCCCGUUAUGCGCCGGAGAAAAUCGAGUAUGGUAUCAACAGAUACCAGAAUGAGACUCGUCGACUGUAUGGUGUCAUGAACACCCAGCUUGGGAAGACCAAUGCAUACCUUGUUGGCGACAAGAUCACCAUCGCUGAUUUGUCGUCUUGGGGAUGGGUAGCUGGCCAUCACUGGGCAGGGAUAAACAUCGACGACUUCCCACACUUGAAGGCCUGGCUGGAGCGAGUCCUUGCCCGGCCUGCAUCUGAGAAGGGCCGCCAUGUGCCAUCCAGGCACACUGCCUUGGAACAGAAGAACCUGUCCCAAGAGGAGCUCGACAAGAAAGCAGAGCAGGCCAGGGCAUGGGUUCAGCAGGGCAUGGCUGCGGAUGCGAAGAAAUGAUUACUUCUGAAAACCUGUAAACGAGAAUGGCAUCCCCAAGCUCCGAAUCUGCCAACCCGGGAGACUUCGAAUUAGUUGAUAGCGUCAGGUGAUGAGGCCUUCAUGAUGUAGCACCCCUAAUUGUGGCCAUACUCAGGCAGUGGAAGUAAUGCAACUUCGUAACAACUCACGUACAGGGCAUUCAAAGUGGACGUAUGUCGGACUACAGCGUUGGGGGCUCUUUUAUGAUCACGUGAUAUGCCCGACUCAUUCAUUGUGGAGACAAGGAGGUCCAUUGGUGGCGAUAAAAAAAGUUACUUUCCAACCCACC